GCAAUUCCCCAAGCCUGACUAUCAAAUAACAACAAUAUUUUUAAUGCCGAAACUCUCCAGUGAAGAGAUAAUAGUUUUUUCGCUCAGUUUCAGCUUUUUACCUAAAGUAACUGUAUUUCGGUGAAGUCACCUCAAAUGCGCAAUACACUGUUGUUGCAUUGGCGUGGGGUGGAAGGUAUUAAUGAAUCCUUGAUGAUAGCUUAGCAAUAUAACUUUUAGGUGGGAAACCGUAUUUUCGUUUCCUUAAUCACAUAUGAAUAGUUGACUGUUGACUUUGGCUGCCUAUGUGAAAGCUACUUCGACGACUGAAAUGAGUGGUUUCCAUGUUUAAAAUUCAUAAGUUACAAAUAUCGUAUCACACAGGUGCUUCAUUCUUAACUGACACGAAUCGUGUUAAAUUUGAAUACAAAAUACAGUCUAAGUACAGAUGAUGUGGUUGCUCACGCGAUCUACAGAUAAUUUUACCUUUUUUUUCAUAACCUGUUGAACUCACAGUCCGUUGCAGCUUUUGCCCAUUUUGUUUUCGGAUAGGUAAACUUUAUUUAUUUAUGAAACAGGUCCGAAUAUUCGGCUUACACCAUGAGAGAAAAUGAAAGUGCAUAUCUUUUGAAUUAAGCAAGGGCUGUCUCCGGUUGACGUCAUAACAGCAAUUAAAACUUCCUUGGGAGCGUAUUCGUUUCAUAAACGGAGGUGUUCCUCGCCAACACUAAUUUGAGGCACAAGAGGUCCUGAAGAAGAAUUCAACCGAUACCAUCAUGAACGACACCCAACAAAGAUUCACAGCACUCGAGCAAGAGCUUAUUUCUAGAGGGAGCUGGUUGGUUGGUAUUGAGUCUACGAUCUACCUCGUCGUGUUAUUGACCGCCGUCCUGGGAAAUAUCAUGUUAACGAUAGCAGUUUUCAAAACUCAAACGCUACAACGAACGCAGAACUAUUACUUGUUAUCUCUGGCAGCCACGGACAUCGUUAUUGCGAUCACGAGUAUGCCGCUGACACUUGUGGUGUUCAUACAAGGGACAUGGCCGUUUGGAAAUUUCAUUUGCCAACUGCAAGGGAGUCUGAUCUCGGUUUGCUCCACUGUUUCGCUGCUUACCUUGGGGAUGAUUGCCGUGAAUCGUUAUGUGAAGAUCGUAUGUUUACCAGGCCUUUACCAGAAGAUAUUCAGCAAGAAGAAUGUUUUCAUAUCCAUCGCGAUAUCUUGGAUUGCAAUAACGUUGGUCACGUUUGUUGCAUUUUCGUUUGGCGAAACAGUGUUUUUUUAUCACCCUGGAAAGGGUAUAUGCUGGGCGAAGGUGAACCUCAAAAGCGCAUUGGGGUUAUAUUGUACUAUAACGUACUCCCUUAAUAUGUCUUUAACGUAUUUAGCAAUCUAUUUCAGUUACUAUAAAGUGUUCAGGAAAAUCCGCGCGCAUUUUGCUCACGUCGCAAACUCUUCUCUUCACAGCGACAGCUCAAUUGCCUUCGCUGAGGAGGUUAAGGUAACAACAAUGCUAUUCGUUACCGUAGUCGCAUUUAUCAUUUGUUGGAUCCCCACAAACAUUGCGGAUCUGUACGAGAUCUUUGCUGGUUAUUACACCCUACCUAGACAACUUUAUUUUUUUAACAUCUUUACACUUGCAUGUAGCAGUGCUGUCAAUCCUCUGGUUUAUGGAUUCAUGAAAAAUGAAUUUAGAGAGGCCUAUAAAAAAGUACUAUGUGGAAGCGGUUGAAGAUUGAUUAUAUAUAUACACUGUAUAUGUUACAACAUCUUUCAUUAAAUAAUUUUAUUUUAUAAUUUAUAUAGGUCAAUUUUAGGUUUGCGUACGAAGUCAGUUCAAUUUCAAUAUAGAAUUUAGAGGUGACUUUAUGUAAAUUUCGGUGAAAAAUCGCCAGAUAGUAAUUGGAAUAAUCCUCCUUUAUAGUUUUACAAAACAUAUUAAGCGCAUUAUCGUGUCACUACUAAUUUAUCAUCGUCACUGAUUGCGCUGUGACUUCCGAGGUCAUCUGUUUGGGCAGUGAGAAAAAUGCGAAAACCACUAAUUGCAUUGACCAUAAGAAGGGAACUUAUGUGUGUCAUAAAAACCAUUAAUUUAAAUCUUUUGAUGUAUUCUGCUUAAUUUAUUAUAGAAACUCCACAAGUCCAAGAAGGGCGGCUUCACUUUCCGUAGCGUAGUUGCGUGAGCGAACGUGAAAAUAUUUAACUGUAAAUGUAAAUGUAUUCAUGAGCUUUGAAAAAUAUUUCUUUCGUCGCAAUAUAUUGACAUAAGUUUCUUCAUAAUGAGGUUAGAGAAUACAGUAAGAUUUGAAGAGUCAAAUGACAACCUUUUGUAUAAUUCACAAGAUCGGAAAUAAAUGGCUAGAAUGAAACCAUUAGUGUUGGUGUAGGGGUGCAAAUUAGCAUGGCGUCCUAUUAAGCCCACACAUUGUGAUUAUCGCUUCCUAUGUACUUAGUCGCCUUUUAAAUGGAAUCAGCUGCAAAGAUUGGGCAAAUGCCUUACCUUUUCUGUGUACUUUAUUUCUAAAGUUGACAUCCAAUCCAACAAAUGAGAAAUUUCACCAACCUGUCCGAAUUUGUGACCGAUUUUACAUCAAUUUUUAAUUAAUGUAAAUUGAUUUUGCAAGUUUUCCAAAAUGUUUUGGGGGCAUAUUGCUGGCAAACAGAAUGAACAACUAAGCGUUUUGAAGAUCACUCAUUUGAUAAUAUUUCAUCGCAAACCUAAUGAACUUUGGUCGCGUUUUUAAACAGAGUGAAACCUUUUAACUUCACAGUACUGUAAUACUUAAGAGUAGCGAAGUAGACUGAGUUUGUUAUUUGUAUUACUGCGUACUAGAUUGCAAUUAAUGUUAAAGUGUUUAAUAAUAAAAAUCAUCUCUGAUGUUAAGAGCUUUUUUAAAAAGAGCAGAACACGGACUUUUUAUCUGUUAGAAAAUUUGACUUAAUCUUUUACUGCCUUUGGCUGAGAAAUAUUGCAUACUACAGUCUUUUUACACAACUGGCUAGACACAUAUUACAAAAAUAUAUUUUUCAAUACAAUCUGCUUUUUAUCAAUUUAUCUUUGAAAUUGUAUUUAAACAAAUAAAGGGAUUGGAAUAGAUGGGAGUGCAAUUAAGAAUUUUCACUUCGAGUUAUAUUUGAAAAUUAUCUUAUAAUUGCACGUGCCUUUCGGGCACAAUCUG